CGUCGACCCGUGCGGGUCGAUGAAGGAAAAUGGUGGAUUGUUUCGGGAAAGACGUUUGUCUUCCUUUCACAAACACUCUCUGGAAAGAUCAACACAAAGCAGUCACAUUGCAAAGUUUAUUGGCAGUUUAGAGAGAUAUAAAUCGUUUUCCCUAGCUGCAAAGCAAACCGAAAGUUAUUAUUCUUUAAUCUGUGUAUGUCCAAACAGCUGAGACUACAAACGUCCUGUGUAUUUCCGUGUUUUUUUAACACAUAUUUCAAUACAUUUUUGGUAGAUGUGUGGACUAAUUUCAAUUGAGCAAGUGUAACAGCUGACAAGCAAAUGACAACCAGACUAGAUCGGCUGUUUCUCCUUUUGGACACUGGUUCCACAGCAUUGAUACGAAAAUCAGCUGCAGAGCAGCUUGGAGAUGUACAAAAACUUCAUCCAUAUGAACUUGGAAACCUCCUCAAUAAGUUACAUGGCUAUCUGCGAAGUAACAACUGGGAAACACGAAUUGCAGCAGCCCAGGCCGUUCAGGCGAUUGCGCGAAAUGUUCCACAGUGGGAGCCAAGAGGUGCUCCAAAACAAGAAACACAAAAUGAAGAGGCUUUCCUCAAUGGUAAACUGCUGUUGUCAAAGUUUGAUGUUCAAAGAGUCCUUGAAAAUGGAGCCUCCCUGCUGGGUUCAGAAGGAGCACAAUUUAAUGAGGACGAAAAAUUGUCUGGUCUUGAUGAACGAGACCGCCUUGCCUACCAGCGACAGAUGUUGAACAAGAAGCUUGGCCUGGAUAUGGCCGGCAACCUUAAGCUCGGGCUUGACACAGACCUUUAUACGGACGAGGAUCUGCUGACCGGGAUGAAGAAGGAAGAUGAAACAAAACCUGACACAAGGCAGGUGUCAGAACUGCUACAACUGCAGCUGGGAACCAAUCUUAGUGCUAGAGAGCGGAACCAUGCAAAACGGAAAGCCAGACUCAUGCAAAAACAGAUUUCUAGGGACUCACCAGUACUAGAUCAUGAUGGCGAGCCUCCUUCCAAGAAAUUAAAGGGAGAAAACUAUGGUGUGGACUCACCUGCUAGUGUUGACAGUGCUGAAGAACAGGAAGAAUGGCCAUUUGAGUUGUUCUGUGAGCAACAGAUGUCCGACCUGUUUCACAGUGCUUGGGAGACGAGGCAUGGUGCAGCCACAGGGUUACGUGAAGUGGUCAAGAUUCAUGGCAGAGGUGCUGGGAAAUCCAUAGAUACUCCUGUAGACCAGAUGUUAUCUGGAAACCAGUUAUGGCUGUCUGACCUUGCACUUCGACUCAUGUCCGUUAUUGCACUGGACAGAUUUGGAGACUUUGUCUCAGAUGAGGUUGUAGCCCCUGUCAGAGAGACAUGUGCUCAAACCCUUGGCGUGGUUAUGAAGUUCCUUGAGCCUGAGGGAAUACAAGGGGUUCUAGCCAUCCUCUUACAGUUAUUGCAGCAAAAACAAUGGGAGGUGCGUCAUGGGGGUCUGCUUGGCAUAAAGUAUCUUCUGGCUGUAAGACAGGACAUGACAGUGGAAUUGCUUCCCAGUGUUUUACCAUUCCUGUACCUGGGCAUACAAGAUGUUGAUGAUGAUGUACGUGCAGUGGCGGCUAGUGCUCUCGUGCCUGUGGCGGACACACUGAUACAGGUCUUGCCUGACCAGGUACCAACAGUAGUGUCUUGUCUGUGGGAAAUACUUGUGGAUCUUGAUGACCUGACAGCGUCUACCAAUUCCAUCAUGUCACUGCUGGCUACUCUUCAUGCCCACCCACAGGCUAACAUACUGGAUAGGUUGUCCAAACCAUUAACUGAGCUUGUGCCGAGACUGCUUCCAUUCUUCAGACAUAACAUAGUCUCGGUUAGAAAGGCAGUGCUUGAGACUGUGAACACUCUUGUUCAAGUAUCGUCAGAAAAGGAUCCAGCAUGUAGUUGGCUCCCAUCGGUCUUACAGCCACUGCUGUGUCACAUAUACCAGAGGAGCUUGCUGGAAACCAGCCCAGAAAUCCUCAGGCUCAUUCCAAGUGUCUGGGGGCGUGUCUUGGAAAAGGCCACGCCCCUUUCCCUGGUUGCUGUGGCCACCCCAUGGAUGGGAGUGUGGUUAUCACUCGCUAUGCAACCUUCCAAGAUUCCAUAUGAUCACAGCUUUCUGGUGGAGGCGAAACAUCCUGGAAGGGGCCCAGAUUCUGUGUCUCAUCGUAGUCGCCACUCCCUUGAACAAGACAGCCCCACCCCGGGGACCAGCAAAACCCAGCCCAUGUAUAUAGCAGGGUUUGAGUCCCUGAACUCAUCUGUGCAGGAACGGGAUCAAAAUGUGGUCAGGGCGAGGAUGACAGCUGCUGGUCUGUUUGGAGUUCUAUGCCAACGUGUGACAGUGCCUCUUAAUACCCUCCCCACUGGCUAUGAGAAGCCCUCGGACUCGCUGACUAAGUUGCUCACAUUUCAUCUCAACACACGCUCCGCUGUACAGAGGAUUGUGAUCGCUGAGGUGUUGUAUGCAUGGGCCUCGUGUCAGGCAUGUCUCUGCCCCCCUGAGGUCAAGUCCAAAGUCUUGGAGACACUCUCAGAAGGCAUCUACUUUGAUGAGAUUGCCCUUGGGUUUACGAGGCUGCAGACAGAAUGCCGAGACUUCAUGGCAAGCCUGAAACAGCAGGGAAUUAAUCUGGAUAUGAUUGUUCCACAAACAUUAAUUUUAAGCCUGGACCAGGCUGCGGCUCUGGUGGGUCAAGACUUUGAGCAAGUAAAAUCUACCUUGAAGCCCCGGGCUCUAGCAACCCUUGAGGACAGAAGGGCUUCACUAAGUACUACAGUUGCCCAGAUCUCAGCGGAUCAGCAGAUACUCUCUGUGAGAGUUCAAUCAAGCCUGGCAAAAGCAGCAGUCCUGCUAGACAUGAUUCCAGAGAAAUUAAACCCAGUUAUACGACCGCUCAUGGAUUGUGCCAAGAAGGAGGAAAAUGCAACUCUACAGCAUGAGGCAGCCAAAUGUCUGAGUAUCCUGCUUCGACAAUGCAUGUCUCGAGAUCCAAGCCCGAAUGCCAAGGUGGUAAAGAAUCUGUGUGGGUUCCUGUGUUCUGACCCAGCUCACACUCCUGCCAUAAUACCCCAGCUCAAUAACAACACUGCUGCUGAAAUGAACUGUGAUACUUUCAAAGGGAAUAUUACGCUUGCCAAAAUCUGUAAGGUGCCAGACACUGAUCGAAGGAGAACGAGACUGCCUGGUUCUCGAUCCGAUAUGGGUGUGUCCCCUGAUCUCAGUAAGGAGGAAGAACAGGUUCAGAGACAGCUGUGUAUACAGAGAAGGGGAGGGGAGAUAACUCUGUGUAGGGUUGCUGGAGAUUUCUCAGACAAAUUGCCCACAGACUUACCUGCCCUUUGGGAAACAGUUACAAAAUACCUCACAGAAAACAAAGAUUUUGAAGUGACAGACUCCAUUGCUCAAGAGAUUGUAAAUAGUCUACAAGUGCUAGAAUCUAUAGGACCUUCACUACAUUCAACCUUGCUUCCAAAGUUGGUAGAAAGUCUUCAACAGCUGAAGACCUAUUUAGAACACAGAUAUGCAGGGAUUCGCCACAUUUCCGCUCGUUGUGUCGGAACCCUAGCGCGUCUUUCAACCCCAGACACGAUGUUGUUUCUCAUCGAGGUUGUUAUUCCCAUGUUGGAAGCUUCAGACAAUAUAACGCAGAGACAGGGGGCUUCAGAAGCUUUGUAUCAUGUUAUAGAAAGUCUUGGACUGGAUAUUGUUCCCUACAUUGUCCUGCUGAUUGUUCCCGUACUGGGCCGGAUGACAGACCAAAAUACGGAUGUAAGAACGCUGGCCACUCACUGCUUUGCAUCUCUCAUACGACUUCUUCCACUGGAGACAGGGGUUCCUGACCCACCCGACAUGGCAGCUACUUUGUCUGAGCAAAAACAGCGAGAUCGGGUAUUCCUGGAACAGCUGUUGGACACAUCCAAGCUGGAAAACUACUCUAUUGACGUGCCAAUAAAGGCUGAGCUUCGUAAAUAUCAACAGGAUGGCGUUAACUGGCUUGGAUUCCUGAGCAAAUACAAACUCCACGGGAUUUUGUGUGAUGAUAUGGGUCUCGGGAAGACACUUCAGUCUAUAUGUAUAAUGGCUACAGAUCACUAUAGAAGACAAGUGAAAUAUAAGGAAUCUCAGAGCCCUGAUAGUUCACCCAUCCCCUCAAUUGUCGUCUGCCCACCCACCCUGAUUGGUCACUGGGUGUACGAGAUUCAGAAAUUUAUAGAUGAGGAAUACCUCAACCCCCUCAUGUAUGCGGGCACCCCAACUGAAAGACAGAGAUUACAAAAGAAAUCCAAAAACCACAAUUUGAUUGUUGCUUCUUACGACGUUGUCAGAAAUGAUGCAGAAUUCUUCAGCUCUAUACACUGGAACUAUUGCAUCCUAGAUGAAGGUCACAUUAUAAAGAAUGGUAAAACAAAGAUCUCAAAAGCAGUGAAGCAAUUAAAAUGCAACCAUCGGCUAAUCCUGUCUGGUACCCCAAUCCAGAACAAUGUCCUUGACCUUUGGUCCCUGUUUGAUUUUCUGGUUCCCGGUUUUUUGGGAACGGAGAAGCAGUUCCAGGCCAGAUAUGGGAAACCGAUUCUUGCAAGCAGGGAGGCCAAGAGUUCAUCUAAAGAACAGGAAGCUGGAGCGUUGGCCAUGGAAACUCUACAUCGGCAAGUCCUACCCUUUAUCCUGCGACGACUUAAAGAAGACGUACUACAAGAUCUGCCCCCUAAAAUCAUCCAGGACUAUUAUUGUGAUUUGAGUCCACUUCAGGUACGCUUGUACGAGGACUUUGCACGCUCUCAGGCACAGAGGGGUGUAGAAGAUUGUGUCACGUCGGUCAAGGUCAGCGAGAGUAAGAGGGGAUCCACACACAUCUUCCAGGCGUUGCAGUAUUUACGCAAAGUGUGUAAUCACCCGGCUCUUGUGUUGAACCAGAACCAUCCCAAGUACACUGAAGUGAUGGCUUCUCUCAAAUCUCAGGGUUCAAACAUUCGUGAUCUCAAUCACGCCCCCAAGCUAACAGCUCUAAAACAGCUGCUUAGUGACUGUGGUAUAGGUGUGGACGAAGUGCCGGCCAGCCUGGGUGAAACUCCCGUCGUGAACCAACAUCGGGUGCUACUAUUUUGUCAGCUCAAAGGCAUGCUGGACAUAGUGGAAACCGAUCUACUCAAGUGUCAAAUGCCAUCUGUGACUUACCUUAGACUGGAUGGAAGUGUCCCUGCCGGCAACAGACAUGACAUUGUCAACAGGUUCAACAAUGAUCCAUCAAUCGACAUUCUGCUGCUGACGACGCACGUUGGCGGACUGGGACUUAAUCUGACCGGUGCUGACACGGUGGUGUUUGUCGAACAUGACUGGAAUCCCAUGAAAGAUCUACAAGCUAUGGAUCGGGCGCAUCGUAUCGGGCAGAAGAAAGUCGUGAAUGUUUAUCGGCUUAUCACUCGUGGAACUCUUGAGGAAAAGAUUAUGGGUCUUCAGAAGUUUAAGAUUACAAUAGCAAACACAAUUAUCAGCCAAGACAACGCAAGCUUAUCAACAAUGGGGACAGACCAACUACUGGACCUAUUCACUCUCGAGGAAAAGCGGAAGGGCGAGAGUGCAUCUUCCAGCGAACAAAAACACUCGGAUAAACAGGACACGGUGAAGGCAAUAUUGGAUGGUUUGGGCGAUCUCUGGGAUGAGCAGCAAUACGAGUCCGAAUAUGAUAUCAAUACCUUCAUGAAAUCUCUGGUGUGAUGUUCAUGAAAAAUUAAGUGCAUUGUUCACGAGAUAUUUGCAUUGAUGUUCAUGAAAUCUUUGGUGUGAUGUUCACGAAAUAUUUAGUGUAUUGUUUAUGAGAUGCUUGGCUUGAUGUUCAUGCAAUCUUAUAUGUGAUGUUCAUGAAAUAUUUAGUUUUAUGUUUAUGAGAUAUUCGUUGUUAUGUUCAUGAAAUAUUUGGUGAAAAUAAUGAGAUUGUACUAUUGUGAUUUUGUGAACAUGCAUUUGAACAGUUACUUUGUCAUAUGAUAUUAAUAUGUUUGUAAAAUCUUUGACAUCAUUAUAAGACUAUAUGACUUUGGCAAGAGCAUAAUUAAUGCAUGCAAGAAAUCUUUACACGUUUAAUUGAAUGUGUAAUUGGAAUUCAGUCAAACUUUGGAACGAACAACGUUAUAAUCAUGAGUUGAAAUAUAUCAAUAUUAAUAAUGUUCAUGAAAUAGGUGGUGCUGUUUGACUUAUGAUAUUAAUACAUUCAUAGUUUAGGUAUGAACUCACUCAAAACAACAGCAACAGGAUGGUCUCAAAACAUGCUUUACCCAAGAUUGUUUAGUGAAAAUAUUAAAUUCUUAAGAAUUUGAGAGGAAAGAUAACUUACUCACUAAGCAUUUGCAUACAUCUUUCGAAUUUUGAUAUUAGUCCAGUGAAAGAGAUUUUUUAAGUUAUUCACUCAGCAAGAGAAUUUCUAGUGAAUUAACUUAAUCGGGCCGUAUAUGAUAAGACAUAGUGUACCUUUAAUAUGAAAUCCUGGGGUUCCUCGUCAGGAUUGUGUCAAUAAUAGUACAAUUAAGCACAUAUUUAAUAAUUAUACACUAUACAACCCUCGCAGACUACACAGUUGUUGCUGAUAAAUAAAAAAUGUAUUCAUAUUCCAUUGAUAAUUUUGGAUCACAUUCUCAUGGUAAUAUUUAAAGAGAAAAACAUUUUGUUUAAGAAAGUUAUUGUUAUUGAAAUGACUAUGCUUGAUUCUGAAUAAACAUUAAUGAUUAA